AUGUCGCAACGCGCCUACCAUGUUUGCAAGCGCUGUCAGAAGGCGUGGGUUUGGGUCGACGAGCUGUGGAAGCACCCCACCUGCCCGGCCUGCCAGGCUCGGUUCCCCAAGGCUCCCAAGCCUGGUAGUGGUUCUUCCACACCGACCCAGUCCCCGACAAGGACCCCACGCAGGCGCCCUUCCCGACCCCGCAGACAGGUCACCUUUGACGAUGCGGCUGAGGUUGGCGACUUCCUCUCUGACGACACGCCCACUCCUCGCCCAACGAAGGCCCAGGAUGACCGCUCCAAGCGCAACACCCGCAUCCUUAAGUCCCUUCGGAAGGUGUGGGCCGAUCUCCCGGAUGAGGCCAGGACCCAGCUCAGCGAUGCCGGGUUUGAGGCCCCUCAGACCUCUGAUGCUGAUAUGGAGCCCGACCUCCUGGCCUUACUCCAGGAUAACGUGGAGCGGCUCCCGGAGUGCAUCCGCCAGGCCUUGCCUCCACCCCCUCCUGAGCCAACCCCCGACCCUCUUAAGGAAGGUCGCGAGUCGGGUAACGCUCUCCGUCGUUCCAUCUUGAAGCUCAAGCAGUUGGGACAGGAGAAGCUCAGGCUCCAGGAGGAGAUCAACAAGACCAAGACCAAGCUCCACGACCUUCUCCGCGGCAUGCAGGAACUCCAGGAGGCAAUCUCUGAGGCAACCGAUGUGGCCAGAAGUGCUUUUGACACUUAUGAGCGCGGAGUCCUACUGCACGUCCCUAAGAGUGAGGUUGACUUAGUGCUCGAAGCCUUGGGGCUCUCUCCAGAGGCCCUCACGGAGGACCAAAAGGCCAACCUCAAUGCCCUUCGACCCUCGAUCAAGCCCCCUCCGGACAUGCAAGCUCCCCCUGGCCUCGGACCUACGCCUUUUAAGUUCGGCUCCCCUCCUCCGGCAGGUGACGGGCAGGCCAACGGUGAUCUCACCGACGAGGCUCAGGACGGCUCUACCGAGAACCCUGGGGCUCGCCAGGUCGGCCUCACCACUCCGACGAAGACCCGGAGCCGCUCUCCUUCCCGAGUGCCCUCGGCCACUGACGCUGCCAAGGUCCCCUCCCGCAUACCUCCUCCCCUCGGCUUAGCUGUUUUGGAGCCUGAGGUUUCGGGCAGGGCCUUCUUCACUCCGCCGUCGGGCCAACUGCCCGUGGCCCAACUCCUUCCGAGCGAGGGGUACUGGCCCACCUCUUUCUUUGAGGAGCCAUCGGCCUCCUCCUCGGGUUUUAACUUCAAUCUUGACGGCCAAGGUUCGGGAGUUUUCCUUCACCCUCAGGUGUUCGUUCCCCCUUCGGCCAGCCCUACCUCCUCCUCCCCUGAGUGGGUAGAGGUUCUACGCUCUUCUCGACGGCAGCCCCGGAUUCUGUCUCUUGAGUCCUUGGUGGCGCCUCCCUCUCCUCUCACAGGGCAUUUUUACUUCCCCCAGGCUUUCGCCUUGGACCCCAGCCCUGCCUCGACCUGGAACCCUAAUUUGGUCCAGUCCUCCGGCCCAUCCAGCCGUCGAGGUGCCAGGCGUGAAAGACGGUCCAAGCACCGCCGCCACCGGCUCCACAUGCCGGGCCUUUUCACCCAGCUCCAGGUCGAGAUGUGCGACCAGGCCCUGAAGCCUGCGUCCUCGGUUGAGCGCGACCUUGUUGAGUUCGCUUCUAAGGUUGAGGAUGCUAUUUCGCCGGGUUCUUCCGAGGAGUGGUUUUUGGAACAUGCCCUUGAUGCCAUCCAUGAUGACACGCCCUCCCCCGCAAAGUGGCACCUCCUCAAGCAAAUGGCUCAGGUCCUCUCGCUGCAACAUAAUACUCCCCACAGCCCCGCUUCCUUUAGGCUCCUGUCUGCCAAUGUUACUCACUGGAGGCCAGAGGUUCGGGAUUGGGCCUUCUCUCUUGAAGGCCAUGGGGUUCUGCUCCAGGAGCUUCACCUCACCUCUGAGGCUGCUCAUGAGGCUGCGAUUGCCGCCUCUAAAAGAGGGUUUCGCCUCUUUACCUCGCCUCCCUUCCUGAGUGAUAAGAGGCGCCCCUUGGGAGGUUUCGGUGUCCUCAUCCGCUCCUUCCUUAAUCCCCGUCAUGUCCUUACCCACACCGUGGAGGGUUGUGGUUUCCUGGCGGUUUCGCUUCGGUGUUCCGGUUUCGAACUGACUCUGGUUUCCAUUUACCUCCAGUCCGGUACUGGCUUUAACUCUCCGGUCAACGCCGAUGUCCUUGCUCGCCUCUUAGCCUUCCUUCCUUCCCUCCGGGGUGUGUGGAUCGUUGCUGGUGACUGGAACAACCCCAUACAAGAUCUCCUCGCCACUCGGCUUGAGGAAGUUUCCCAUGGGCGUUUCCUGGGUUCCGGUUCACCCACCGCAGCAACCGACCGGGAACUUGACUACUUUCUGGUCUCGUCUCCGGCUGUUGCUUCUCUGCAAGUCGCUCAGGAUUGGGUCGUUCCCUUCAAGCCUCACUGCGCUCUGCGGGCCACUCUUCAGCUCAGCUCUCUGCAGCUUCCCUACCCGCAACUCGCUACCUUUUGUGAGGUCUUUCCUGACCCCUUGCCUUUUCAACCCUCGGUCCCGAGCCCCUCGCCUAUCGCUGAGGUUAAUCUUCUUGGCCUCACAUCCACCGACAAGCUCACUCUCGACUUCGCCGAGUUGAGCUCUUUCCUCGAGGUCUCUCACGGGUUCCCCGACCGAGGGCGUGGGGCUUUCGUCCCCUUUCUUCACAAGCCCCUCGUCCAGGGCCACUCUGUUACCUUUGCCUGGAAAGGCCAGCUCCCCUCCUUGGUGUCAGCCGUGCUUCACCUUCUCGACCGGCCCGAAGCUGUGCAGUCCUUCUUGUGGUCCUCUUCGGACACUUCCCUCCCCUCGGAGGUCCGCGCCUUUUGUGACCGGGUGCGCGACGGCUCUGCUUCUUCUGCCACCCUCCGCGCCGAAGGCACUGCCCUCCUUGGCCAACUCCGGCGCGAGCAAACUGCCCAGCAAGCUGACCAGUACGGUGAGUGGCUGGAGGAAGCUUCCGGUUCACACCUGGGGCCGCUCUUUCGAGCCAUCAAGUCCCAUGAGCAGGUGCUUGAUCGGCCCUUUCAAGAUUGCGAUGGACUCCGCCGUGUUUUUGAAAGGCAUGAACAUUGGGCCCGCGUUUGGCAUGCCUCGGUUUUCCCCCAGCACUUUGCUCACCCUCUCCUCGCGGAGCUCCGCUCGAGGGCCGUCUCCCAUUCUGGCACCCUGGCUCCCUUGACUGUUCCCCACCUUCAGAAACUUCUCAAGAAAGCAGGGAAAAAGAAAGGGGGCCCAGACGGCUGGAGCUACCCAGCCCUUCGUGCACUGGACCCGGCGGCUCUUCAGCUCGUUGCCGACUUCCUCGCCCGUGCUGAGGCUGAGGUGCUUCUGCCUUUCCAGCUCACCUGCGUUCAGGUCGCUCUUCUCCCGAAGUCGGCCGACAAGGAGCGCCCCAUAAGUCUUCUACCGUGUCUGUGGAGAUUGUGGGCACGAGCUAGGUGGCAGGACAUCUCGGCUUGGACGUCGGCUUACGCCCCCGCCCACCCGUGGGACCGGGCGGUUCCAGGCCAGGCAAGCCUGGACACGGCGCUGGCCCGCCUUGUCAGAUCAGAGCAUUCAAAGCUCGAGAAGACGCACAUAGUGUCGCUCUUCCUCGACUUGCGAGGCUUCUUCGACUCUGUGAGCUAUGAGCGCCUUCUCCUCCAAGGGCUCGCUCACAGUUUCCCUCCUCUUCACCUCUGGUUCGCCCUCCAGGUCUACCAGGGUCCUCGCUGUCUCGUGGCCGACUCGAUCGCUGCCACGCCGCUCUUUCCUGGCCGGGGCGUACCCCAGGGCUGCCCUCUCGCACCCUCGCUUUCCAAACUUACCAUGUCCGAGCCACUCCAGAAGGUUUCUUCCCUUCCCUUCGUCACCAACACAGACUUAUGGUUGGACGACGUUAGUUUAGACGUGGUUGGUUCCGACCCUGUCGAGGUCGCUUCCUCUGCGCUUCAGGCCUACCGGGUUCUUCAUACCUCCCUCGGCCUUGAGGGCCUAGAGGUUGAGACCACAAAGACCAAGUUCGUCGCCGGUACGGCCCGCGCUCGCGCCGCGCUUCAGCAGCUGCGGCGCCCGGGCGAACCCGACACCGCUGACCUUGUUAAGGACCUAGGUCUUGACUGCGCUGCUGGCCGACGGCGGCGCAUCACCACCGCCCAAAAGCGCUUUCGCACCGGCAUCGGCCGUGUCCGCCACAUGCGCCGCCUCCGCAUUCGCCGCAGGUGGGUGCGUGGCCGGCUGCUCCAAGCCUCCGCCCUCAAGGCUGGUCUUUAUGGCCAUCAGGCCGUAGGGGUUGCCCCUAAGCGCCUUGACACGUUUCCGCGGGCGGAUAACUCUUUCCACCUAAACUCCAAGGUUGUUUUAUUUGAGGGAAAUCCUUCGCCCUCAAAAUGGCGACAACCGCGAACCGUUUAA